AUGUCUCACAUGCACGUCUUGAUCUUAGUUGCUCACCCAGACCCAACACACAAGGCAACAUCAUUCCGUUUCGCUGAUUCAGCCAAAGCUGCCCUUGAAGGUGCUGGUCACGAAGUUCGUUACGUCAACUUAAUGGAAGCUGGCUUCAAUCAAACAGCUUCUCAGGAUGACUUCAAGACAGUCAACAAGGAACCAUUCACAUACCCAGGAAACCAAAUGGUUCCAGACAAUCUUGUUGAUACAAUCAAGGUUCAACAAGAAAACCUCAAGUGGUCUACACACGUUCUUGUUUUCGCACCACUUUGGUUCGGCCGUCUCCCAGCCUGCUUCUAUGCUUACACAGAGCGUGUUCUUUCUGUUGGAUUCGCUUGGGACUUCCAGCACACAUUUGACAAGGCUUUCCUUGCUGGCCGUAAGGUUUCCAUCAUCGUUUCCGCUGGUUCACCACCAAUGUACUUCGAUCCAAAGAAUGGAAACGGUCUCGACGCUUUCCUUUGGUCUGCUAUGUACGGUUUCAACUAUGCUGGUUUCACAAUUCUCCGUUCUCUUGGUAUCUUCGGCGCUAAUUCUCCAAAGAGAAUUGCUCAACAACCAGAACUCCAGCAGAAGUUCAAUGAGAAGUUCCUCCAGCUUGACCAGUGGAAGACAAUCGGCACAGAAAAGCUCUACUCCAAGAUUGCAGAACUCGAGGAAGUCAAUUCAGAAAACAUCCUCUUGUAA